CCUCCCUAUCCCCUUUCUCCCUCUGUCAGUCAUUGAGUCAUGAUGGCGGAGCGGACGGUGCCUCAUGCAUAUCCCAUGAGUACUCAGUGCGAACUGAACUCUCCCAGACGGAUCUACGACCAGAACUUUGGAGAGGCUCUUACCCCCCAGGACCUCCUCACCCCCACCCUGUACCAUGGUUACUAUGUCCGUCCACGAAUCACCAAGCAGCUAGGGCGGGGCUUCUCUGAUAUAGAGGCGGAGCCAGGGAAGUGGACCGUCCGAUUGGACGUGUGUCAGUUCACUCCUGAUGAAGUCACCGUCCGCACCGUCGACAACCUACUGGAGGUCAGUGGUAACCACUCCCAGAGACAGGAUGUCCACGGAUUCAUCAGUCGGUCGUUUACGAGGACCUACAUACUUCCUGUGGGUGUCGACCCUCUACUGCUCUUCGUCGACCUAUCACACGACGGCAUCCUCUCUGUCUCCGCUCCCAGGACAACCCCCGACCCGCCCUCCACACACACGCAUACCAUACACACACACACUGACAAGACAGCCUAGUGACGACACACACACACCGACAAGACAGCCUAGUGACGACACACACACACCGACAAGACAGCCUAGUGACGACACACACACA